AGUAAGUUGGGGUUAGAGGUGAAAGGUUUCUGGAGGUGGUUGACAGCUGCUGCUAACGUGCUAACUUUCAUUAGUAGCUGUUUUUAAUUGUCCAAACGCUUAAAAUGGCAGAUGAUCAAGGAGAUGAAGUACCUACCCUGCCUUGUAUCUUAGUCACAAGUUGUGACCCCAGCUUUAAAGAAGAGGAGCUCAUUAGACAGAUUCUGGGUUCAGAAUCACUACCUCAGGCUACCAAAAUAGAGGAAAGAGUUUCUUGGUAUCCAUGGACAAUCAACAACAAGUACUACACGGCAAACGUCAGCUUAUGUGUCGUUUCAAGUCCAUUUGACAUGAAUACAGAGGUUGCCCGGUCUAUGCAAGCGUUCAUUGUUUACUUUGACAGCAAAGCUAAAGAUGGUCUGAACAGUGUCAACUCCUGGUUAUCAGUAGUAGAGGAUUUGGCUCCAGAAGUGCUGAUCCUAGUGUGUGACCAUGCAUGUGACAGUGGUGUUAGCAAACAGGAGGCCCAGCAGUGGUGUCUGGCUCACGCAUUUGAAUUAGUAGAGCUCAACCCUCAAGAUCUACCUGAUGAAGAUGAUGACUUUCCAGAGUCCACUGGAGUAAAAAGAAUCGUUCAGGCGCUCAACGCCAAUGUGUGGUCCAGCGUCGAGAUGAAAGAUGAACACAGUCAAGGAUUUGGGCUAAUGAGCAGCCUGGUGGCCUCUCAUCACAACAACCCACGACCCAGUCAAGAGACACUGUCCUCUCAUUCCCCAUCAAACAGUACAGAUGAAGGCACUGAGAGCCAGAGAGCAGAGAAUAACCAGAAUAACGCAGUAGAUACAGCAGUCGAUCCCAUGAUUGACAUUGACAUACAAGAGUUGGCUAACCUAACAGCUGGAGAUGCAGAUGUGGAGAAUUUUGAGCGACUCUUUACAAAGUUGAAAGAGAUGAAAGACAAGGCCUCUUCAUUGCCACAUGAACAGAGGAAAGUACACGCAGAAAAGGUUGCUAAAGCAUUCUGGAUGGCUAUUGGUGGAGACCAGGAUGAGAUUGAUGGCUUGUCAUCAGGGGAGGAGAGUUAACCAGCUUCCACUGUUGAUACUCAGCCCACCCUUUAAUCCCCCAGUCAUCCCAAAUCAGCCCAGCCCAGUCCUGUCCCGCCCGAGAAACAUGGAAGAAUGUGGGCAAAAACAGCAAGUGAGAUAUUCAAGAUACUGCUGUUACUAUAAUAUCAGUGUCCAACACCUCAAUCAAGCAGUACAGAGUCAUUAUGGGCUUUUGGCUUCAAACAUUGUAAUCUGAGAGCCAUGGGACGGGUCGCAGGAGGCGAGAUUGUUAUCUUGCCUGUUCUCUGGUGGUGUCAGUGCAAGUCUGCGGCGACAUACAAGGAUGAAGCCUAUGGUUCUGUCAAAAGAGUUAUAAAUCAAAUGACGGAUGAGCUGACAAAAGUGGAUUGUUUUUAAACUUUUAUUUUUCCGAUGUAAGUCACAGUUACGGACUAUGCUUGUGCAUGUCAUUAGCUCUUCAUCAAUUAAAAAAAUGAUCUGUCGAAUAAGUUUUGAUGGUUUUUAGAAAUACAUUUGUCAAAUACAUUUGACAUCAUGAAACUAUUCUUUACAUACUGUAAAAAAAAAAAAAGUCUUAAAAUGAUGCUCUUAAAACAUUUUAUUAUUAAAA